UAAAGCCUUUUUUUCUUUGCUUUCCUUUCUAUUUUUGUUCAGCCAAUUGAGCUUAGGCCCAAAAAACCCUGAUGAUGGCUGCAGCUACUCCUAGUGUUCAUAAGAAACCCGAGGCCUUUGCUUUGUUGGCAGGUGUUGAGGGUGUCACUGUGGAAGGGGACAACACCCAUCAAAUCUCGGGUAGAUCCGGGUUGAGCCGUGACCUUGUCGCUGCUGUGCCAAGCUUUGGUGUUAACAGGAAGAAAAGGAUGGCUAGACAAAGGAGAUCAUCUUCCACCAUCAAACUUCUCUCUUUUACUAACUCCUCCAGUAGCUCGCACGUGCCAUCGUCCACUCUACCCGGACGUGUUAUUGAUCCAAAGAGAUUGAGAUUUCUUUUCCAGAAGGAACUUAAGAACAGUGACGUAAGCUCUCUCAGAAGAAUGAUACUCCCAAAGAGAGCAGCAGAGGCUCACUUACCUGUCCUUGAGUCCAAAGAGGGGAUUCUUAUCAGCAUGGAUGACUUGGAUGGCCUGCAUGCGUGGAGCUUCAAGUAUAGGUUUUGGCCUAAUAACAAUAGCCGUAUGUAUGUACUGGAAAAUACUGGGGAAUUUGUUGACACACACGGAUUACAACUUGGGGAUUUCAUCAUGGUGUAUCAAGAUAGUCAAAAUCAAAAUUAUGUAAUCCAGGCUAAGAAGGCCUCUGAUCAAGAUGUAUAUACAGACAUAGCUAGAAAUGGCGUGAAUGACAUUUCUCUCCAUGAUUAUGAGGUUAGUAAAUCCAGCUCCUCCUACUAUUAUUAUUAUCCCACGAUGGACGAUGGUGGCAUGUCAUUUAUCUAUGACACGACCUUCUCAAAUGACUCUCCACUUGAUUUCCUGGGUGGAUCGAUGACCAACAACUAUUCAAGGAUGGGAUCCCUGGAAAGCUUUGGGUCGGUUGAAAACUUGUCCCUUGAUGAGUUUUAUCAAGUUUAAUUAAUUACAAUAUUAUUGGUACUGUUAUUUUGUUAAACAAAAUUAGCUGGCACUGCAAACUUCAAUUUCGUCUUCAAGUUUUCUACUUUUGCAUCAAAAUCUCAGCAGAUAUAGUCCAAUGAAAAUAAUAAUAAUAAUAAAUAAACAAGUGAAAGAAGUUGUAGGUAUUCCUAUCCUGUGUUUCUUUUGACAUGGACAUGACUAUAUCUACUACUA